AUGUCUGUUCUGGCUCUUGUGACCGCAGAAAACUCAUACUCGCUUGCCGGUAAGCAAUUAAAGUUUGACUCUGCUUCUGACAUUGAAAAAUAUGCCGCAGAAAUCGAGCAAGUUAAAGGCUUAACUCAUUUGGAUAUCUCCGGGAAUACCAUUGGUAUUGAGGCCUCUGAAGCCUUAUCGAAAGCUAUUUUAUCACACAAGGACAGUAUUGUGGAAAUCAAUUUCUCUGACAUAUACACUGGAAGAUUAAAUACCGAGAUUCCUCAGUCCUUAGACUUUCUUUUACCAGCUUUGUUACAGUUGAAAAACUUACAAAAGUUGGACUUGAGUGAUAAUGCCUUGGGGUUGCAGGCGAUUGAACCAAUCGAAAAGUACUUGUCCAAGGCAGUAACUUUGGAACACUUGAUCUUGUCCAACAAUGGAAUGGGUCCUUUUGCUGGUGCUAGAAUAGGUAAUUCCUUAUUCAGGUUGUCCCAGUUGAAACAGAAACUGGACAAACCCUCGCUUAAGACUUUCGUAUGUGGUAGAAACAGAUUGGAAAACGGAUCUAUUGAUCGUUUGGCCAUUGGAUUGAGAAACCACAAGGACUUGGAAGUGGUAAGAUUGUACCAAAACGGGAUAAGACCAGCCGGUAUCUCCAAGUUAAUCAAGCAUGGUUUGACCAGAAACCGUAAGUUGAAGGUUGUAGAUUUCCAAGACAACACAUUAACCCCUAGAGCUUCUGCUGCCUUGAGUCUUGCCUUGCCACACUGGAAAAACUUGAGCGAAUUGAACUUGAACGACUGUUUAAUGAAAAGUAAGGGUUCAUUGGCCUUGGUGAAGGCCCUUUACGAUGGAGAGCAAAGAAAUGAGUUGACUCACCUUAAAUUACAGUACAAUGAAUUGGACCAAUCCUCUUUGACAUUGCUUGUUAAGGUUAUCAAUGAAAAAUUACCAAACUUGACCAACUUGGAGCUUAAUGGUAACAUUUUUGAUGAGGACUCUGAAUCAAUUGAGGAAAUUAAUGAUAUUUUCGAAGAACGUGGAUUUGGUGAAUUAGACGAAUUAGAUGACUUAGAAGAAUUGGACAGCGAUGAAGAAGACGAAGAUGGAGAUGAAGGUGCCAACGACACGUUGCCUGAAGAUGCUGACUUGGACGAAGUUGAAAAGGAGUUGGCCGGAUUGGAUAUCGAAGAAGAUAAGGAUAGUGAAGUGGAUGCACUUGGUGAAGAGUUAGCUGCCACUCACAUCAAACAAGAUUAA